AGGAGAGGAGGAGGGUGGUUAAUACUAUAGAUUUAGGACUAGCGCUGCGCUGGGCGAGAGACAGCGGAGAAGCUCUGUCCUCUGCGUUGCUGGCGGCAUCUCUGCGCGUCCCCUUUCCCUCCCGCGAGUAACUUCGGAGUAGUCCAGAGGCAGCCUCGGGAUUUCGGCGGAGCCUGCAGGGUGCUGUGGUCACCUUGCCUCUAGUGGAGCUGCCAUGUCGGUGAGCGUGAAUCUGACUGGUCCAGCUCCCUGGGGGUUCCGGAUUACGGGAGGAAGAGACUUCCGAAAACCCAUCAUCGUAUCUAAGGUGAUAGAGCAUGGAAAAGCAGCCCUAGGUGACCUUCGAUCUGGAGAUGUCAUCAUUUCCAUCAAUGGGGAGAAUACCUCUGAGAUGCUCAACGUGGAGGCACAGAACAAGAUAAAGCAGAGCUCUGGGAAGCUGCAAUUGCAAGUGGACAGGUCACAGCAGUUUUCUCCCAGCCAGACCAAUGGCGAAAGUUCCCCAGAGAUGUUGGCCAUACGAUUUCAGGAUGUGGUGAGAACUAGAGACAAUGGUCAUAAUUCAGUGAGAUCUUCCUACUCAAGCCCAGCUUCCAUCAGCCCACGUCCCACCAGCCCCUACAGUCCUUCAUCUCCUGGGUAUCGACCUGGCAGCCCAUACAGCCCAGUGAGACCCAGUCUGCCCACAGAGAUCAGAGGGGAGCCUAUGAUAAACAGCCGCAGCUUCCAGUCAAUGGGGACUUCACCUCAGAGUCAGCAAGAGUCAAGCAACAGACAGAUACAAGAGCAAAGGAACUUCACCCAUUCCAGGGAGUCCCCUGUGACUGUGCUGCCUCCAUUAAACGGCUCUCCAUCUCCUGGUAGAUACUCCUUCUCCAACCCUUGGGAGAUCAGGAAGGACCAGGAAAGAAGUCCAUCUUCCUAUAACCGCAGUUACAGCUUGGAUACAGAACCGAAUAUGCACCAUUUGGAAGGAGACUCGGAGGUGUACAAGCUGAUGCAGGAAAACCGUGAUACAAGGGCUGCGCCCCGGCAAUCCAGCACUUUCCGCCUGCUCCAGGUGGCUCUGGAAUUGGAUGAAAAAGAGGGCAUGGCCACCCAUUUCCCCAGCCAGCUCUCUCCCAAUUUGCACAAGCCGGUUAGCAGUGCUACGACAGGGAAUGCUCAGAAGCUGCACACCUGUGAGAAAUGCGACAGCCCCAUCACAUAUCAAGCUGUGAAAAUUCAAGAGAACCGCUACCGCCACCCGUCUUGCUAUGUUUGCACCGACUGUGGGCUCAACCUGAAGAUGCGUGGCCAUUUCUGGGUUGGGGAAGAGAUGUACUGCGAGAAACACGCCCGCCAGCGCUACCAGAGCCCAGAAGAGGGUGGCACCAUCCUGGCUGUCUAUUCCCAGUCUUAAGAGGAUAGCGGAGCUCGGGAGGCUGAAGGGGAACGCCGCCUGGGAUCUAUUCAAAGUUGCUUCUCGCGAAACGCGAUUCAGCCCUUUAAAGACAUCUGCAGGAAAGGAGGUUUUGGGGAAAAGACAGCAAGGACCACCAUCGCAACUCAGAAUGCCUUUCAGGGACCUUUGGGGAAGGCGUUGAGGGAGGGAGAGGCAAAAGGCUUUUCUUUUCUUUUCAACUACAUAGUUUCAUCAGUCAUUCUUCAAGAAACAAAUGUUUGCUGGUGUGGACAUUUGUCUUUUGACAGCUUCAGGAAUGAUGCUUCCCGCUGUGCCAAGUCGGCCUGAGUGCCUGGAUUCUGGAAAGUGAUUUGUUGUGCUUGUAUUAAUCCUGGUUUGGUGGCAGCAGCUCCCAGAAGCAAUGGGGGGGUGGGGUUCUCUUAAUUACUCAGCUCUGUGGCUGGAAGCACUUCUGUCUUGCCCCAGUUUGCCAAACUCCCUGCCCCAUGAUGCAAAUUUUAAGACUGAAGGAAUACUGGAAUCUCCCUGGGUCUUGGAUGGCGUGGAUUCAACUCCGAAUGCUGACUUUCCCUGUGAUGCUUCUCUUUAAGAUAUUAAGCCAGAUCUCUAUGUGAAAUAUAAUAUAUAUAUAUGUAUGUAUAUGUAUAAGGAUGGAUAAAACAAUCACCUCA